CAUCACCGUCACCCAUCCUUCUUUCAAUACGAAAGGCCAGCAUACCAACAUGAGACUCAUUCACACACUUUCAUACGUCUUACACAACUUGAGCGAGUCAGACCUACCUCCCUUUGCCGUGCUGUCCCAUGCGGCGGACCAGUCUUAUUGCUCCGACACGGACGAACCAUCAUCCCAGCAAACGACUGCGAGGGUCGAUCUAGACAACAGUAUCCUGGCUGCUUGUGGAAGGGCAGCCGCCCGCGGCCUCAGCUAUCUCUGGGUUGGUUCUGCGUGCAUUGACAAAACAUCUUCCCUGGAGCUUCAGGAGGCCGUCAGUUUUUCCUUCCGACUGCUCCGUGCGGCCGCCGUGUGCUUCGUCCAUCUCCACGACCUCCCCGCCGACUCCGGCUACCUCGCGAAAGCGUGGGCCCGCUGCCGGUACUGGAGGCGGAGCUGGACGCUACAAGAGCUCAUUGCGCCGUCCGAGGUCGAGUUUUUCGACGCUCACUGGGACCACCGGGGAUCACGAUCAUCGCCAGAGCUCCUGGGCAUCCUUCCUGCCAUCACGGGGAUCGACAAGAGCGUCCUGCUGGACAACAGCGCCCUUUCGAGGGUUGCCAUCGGAGUACGACUGUCUUGGGCCGCGGGCAGAGAAUCCACCCGCGCCGAGGACGCGGCAUACUCUCUGGCCGGGAUCACUGGCGUCAACAUGUCCAUCAGGUACGGCGAAGGCGCGGACCAGGCCUUUGCACGUCUAGUGAACAAGAUCGUCCAAGAUACUACCGACGGGUCCAUCUUUGCCUGGACCAGCAACGACGGGCAGGCCGUCCGGGGUCUUCUUCCACGAUCAGCGUCCGAGUUCCGCCAUCUCACGAACUCGCCUGUGGCAGAUCGCCACGAACCGUGGACUUUCGACGGCAGUAUCCAGCUCAGCAGCGGAGGGCUGGUCCUCGACUCGCGGGCAUCGAUGCAGGACUCUUCGCUGGUUUUCGAAAUCGGUCGAACGGCGGGCAAGUCGAUUGGAGUACGGCUUCGGAUGUUGGACAACCGGUUCGUCCGGGUUGGCCCGAGUUCGCUCUCCGAUGUCCCGCACACAGCAAGCCGCUGCCGGAUCAUGGCAGCCCGCGAUAUGGACGCCGAGACACUUCGCAGCAUCCGCAACAGAACAAUUCGUUCACCGAUGCGACCACCAGGUCAAACAUGGAGUGUUUCUCGUGAUAUUCCAUCCUUGUCCCUAAUAGGUGUCAAAAGGGAGAGGUCAGGCAGAUCCAAGACUCCCGUUAGUGAACACUCAGCCGUCCAGCUUGAAUCUCCUCGAACCAUCUCGCCGUCUUUGCCUGGAGACGACUUUUACGGUUCGUGUAGAGGUCACGAGAAGUUUUCGGAUUAUGAGAUUAUCGACUCCGACAACUCCGACGAGGACGAGGACGAGGACGAGGAGGCAGACGAGGAAGACGAAGGAGAAGAAGAACCAUCAAGGGAGGACGAUGUACGCGAAACCACCUCGCUGAACCCAAAUCACCCGUUUCAGUCGGAACGUGAGGGCCUGCUACGUCGCUAUCACGGCUCGAUUCUAGAGUGGUCCAAGUCUGCAGCAUAUGUUGCACCGCCGGACCGAGCCUCGGUGCCACAGAAACGUCUCAGAACCGCAGCCUCAAGCCCAUCCUCUUCCCCGGACGAAGAAAUGGAACCGGAGGGAGUACAAACCUCUGAAAAGGAGACCCGGGUCGGUUCCCGCAUCGACGGCUAUUUUCACCUCGCCUGUCCUUUCUACCAGACAGAUCCUAGCAGGUAUCAAGACUGCCUUCUGGAGGACGACCUGAGAUCGAUCGAGGAUGUCGUUUCCCACCUUCGGAAGCGCCACCUGAAGCCACCGUACUGCCCCAAGUGCCGCAUCAUCCUCGGGACACCGACGGCCCGGGACGCACACAUUCGCAAACUGGCUUGCCAAGUCCGACACGCGACCGCGAUCGAGGGCGUCGACGAGACCCGGCUCGUCGAGCUGAUGGGGCGCAGGAGGAAGGGGCUCGGCGAGGCGGAGACCUGGAGGCAAAUCUGCGCAGUGGCGUGUCCAGGUGCCUCGAUGCCCGGCUCUCCCUACCUCGAGGGAGGCCUCGGUCUUGCCGUGUCGCAGGUUCGGGAUUACUGGCACGAGAAGGGCAGGGCGUGCAUUGAAGAAUACAUGUUUGAGAGGGGCGUCCCGCUUAAGGGCGAGCAGUUUGAGGCUGGAGAAUUGGAUUGCUGUCAUUCCGUGACCUUGACGGAUUUGGUUCAGCGGACGGUUCAAGACGAUGUCUGUUGGACGAGGAAGAUGGGCUGGAAGGAUGCGUCUAUAUAGU